UGUAUCGUAGCGCGCUUCCGCUGCACGUGCUGCCAUGGCGCACAUACAAGAGUACCACAGCCCCAGCGAGCCCUACACCUCUCCAUCGCAGCCUCGACUGCAGCCUCGGUCGCAGUUCUUCUACGACAUCAACAACAGAUCUGUGGCUGCGUGUCCUCAGGGUUCAAUGGCGCAAUCCUCCCUCGUAAAUAUCCCAGGCACCUGCAGCUUCGCGAGUACUGACUUUGAGACAGCAAAGCCCCUUCAUGCCAGACACUAAUAUGUCGCGGUUACAGUGGCCGAUAUCGCAAAACUUCAUGUCCGGCAACACGGUCUCCGCGUCAAACCCGCUGUGGGCACAGCAAGUGGCCUCCGGCCACGAUAUGGUGUGGACCGGACAGUUUAACGAGCCGCACCUCAACGAAUCCAUGUUGUCAAACCACGAGAUGGUGUACAGCCAUAACGCUAGUCAUAGCAUUCUCAACAAGGCAGUGGACUUCGGCAAUUCAUCAUUCUGGCCCUCGAGCGGCGUACCGAACAUGGCGCUGAGCUCAAGCACGGACACAUUGCUGUCGCCCGUCAGCCCAUUCAGCGAUGUGAAGCAUACGUAUAGCCCUGGCUCAGACUGCAGUUUAGCAACUCCUCGCCGCGGCACAGCGAGCUAUAGUGUGAACGGACCGAUGAAAGUAUCGUCGCCAGACUUCGCACCACCCACGCCCCAGUCAGCAAUUCAGCAGUACCAGGAGAGCGCUGCUACACAGCACGAGUUUGGCGUUCAUAUGCCGUCGACGGGAGCAUAUUCCAUGAGCAAAACUUUCGACGACACGAAACUGUACGAUUCGGGGCACUCGUACGAUCAGUCGCAGAGCAGCAGUCCUGGCAUGUCGCCUUGGUACCCUCCUGGCUAUGUCGAACGAAAGGCAGCGAUCGCUCAGGACCCUCAGCCGGCAGACACACCGUUGUUCGACCGCCGGCCUAACUCGUACCUUGCACCACUCGAGCGCAGCUCGCGACAGCGACAAGAGCAGUGGAGCAACAAGAACGCUGUCCCCGCGCAGAGCCAUUUUCAGACCAGGUUUAUGGCGCCUCCGUCCGACAGCGAGAAAGCGCAACGCUCAGAGGACGACAAGGUCUUGCUGGAGAUGAAGCGUGACGGCUACACAUACAAGGACAUUCGCAAACGACUCGAUCGCAAGGUAGCCGAAUCCACUCUCCGUGGUCGCUACAGGUCUUUGACCAAACCCAGAAGCGCCCGUGUUCGGUCCCCGAAGUGGCAAGAAAUUGAUAUAACGCUGAUGAAACGUUAUGUACAAGACGAAUUCGAUAAGCUCGAUGUGAGCCAGCCUUCCCUCGAGACGAAGCAGAAGCCAGACAGGAUCCCUUGGGCGAAGGUCGCCGACAGGAUGGCAGCGACCGGCGGAUCGUACAAAUUUGGCGCUGCCACGGUGAAGAGGGUGUGGCGCGAGACCUCUCAGCCUGCUUCGUUACGGUCGUCUGAUCGACGCAGCCGAGCGUAGUCGAAGUCGCUAGAGGGAGAUCUUGUCUGCUCUGUAAGGCUUCGACGCUCUCUUGAUCGACCGUG